AUGACCCAAUACGCAGGCCAGACCGCGGCGGCACCCGCCCAGGGCGGCGGCAGCUUCAAGGACCGCAACUGCCCCAACAUGCGCGGCUGCUGGUCCUUCUCGUGGGAGGCCUACAGCCUCAAGACCUCGGACAAGGCGGCGCUCCUGCGCCGCAUCUGCAUGUACAUCAUCCUCGGCAUCCGCACCGCGCUCUCCAUCGUCGGCAUCGUCCGCGACGCCGUCGCCGGCCGCGUCGCGAGCUGGAUCAUCGGCAUCAUCCUGGGCGUCCUGGGUUUCUUCUUCAUCGCGUGGUGUCUGGCCGUCAUCGGGCAGGCCGAGGGCCGUCGGAAGGUGUUUGGGGUUAUGCUGGGCCGUUGGCAUUUUGACAUUUUUCUGCUGGUUACCGCGUUUAUUCAUGCCGCGAUUCUGGUGGGGAGCUUUUUUGGACUCGGCACGGCUGGCGGCUAUGUUACUUGGCUCAUCAUGUGGUUGCUCAUUUUCGGCGUUGCUUGGGUGUGCAAUUGGCCCGCUGAGCCGGAGAGCUACGCCUGA